AGUUUUAACAUUAUUCAACCACCCGUUCCCUCUGACCUUCGCUGUCACGCGGCAGGACGAGUCCCGUCUUCUGCUUCUUCACCAAGAAACUCCUCCAUUCAGCAUUCUUGUUCUUGAUAACGAUUAGUUACGAUCACGUUUAACUCAUUAAUACUCGCGUUUGGCGUUUCAUAAGCAAUCGUAAAUCAGAUCGCGAAACUCAAAAGUCCAGUUAUGGUGCUGCCAUUGCUGAAGUUGGGGACUCUAGCUGCCAGAACACUUAGCAAACCAGUUGCUAGCAGGCUCAAGAAACAGGCCGCCUAUCAACCUAGGUUCCGGGAGUUCAUCAUCAGAAUUGCCCAGGCAAACCAUCGAUUCCAGACGCAGAUGCAAAGACGGAUCUAUAGUCAUUCGACUGAUGUUGCGAUACACCCUUUGAAUGAAGAGAAAGCCAUUCAGGCUGCUUCAGAUCUUAUUGGCGAACUCUUUGUGUUCACGGUUGCAGGAGCUGUUGUAAUCUUUGAGGUGCAGAGAAGUGCUAGAUCAGAAGCCAAAAAGGAGGAAAUACGGAAACAAGAACUAGAGGCAAUGAGAGAAAGGGAGAAUGAGUUGGCAAAAGAAUUGGAACUUCUAAGGCUCAAACUCACAGAGCUAGAGCAGCUUGCGAAGGGGAAAGGACUCUCUGGACUUUUUCACUUCAAACAUUCUCAGACAGAAGGCACACACUUGGUUAAACCAGCUUGAUCUAACCCCAAGAAUCUUUGAAAAAGAUUAGAUUACAAAUAUACAGUCUUUAAUUUAUUCUGGAGCUCCCUUUGGCUGGAAGCUCCCUCCCAUUUCAUUCUUUUGAUGUUGGGUCAACUUUUCAUUCAGAGUGCUGGCUUAACAUUGCACCAUUGGUGAAAUUCAGGUUUUGCUUUUAUGGUUGGAAAUAAGGAAAAAAAAGAGAAUAUUUUCAGUUCCGACUGGAGUAGUGGACGGACUUGUUGAUACUGAAUCGUGUUAGAUGAAUGAAAUACUUUCUAGCUUCGCACGCCACUGAUCUAGUUUCUCUUUCAGACUGUAAAGCUACCAGACAAGCACUUGAACUCAUGCAGACCAAAAUGUUGGUAUACAGAGGGGAAAAGGCUUAUGAUAUAUUCAUUAUGUCAAAAAGCUCGUGUCAUAGGAUGUGGUGAGUUCAUUUUUCAGACAUUUACCAUAUGAUUGUUGUCAUUUUGGUUUGAAUAGUGUUGAGCCUAGUGGGCAUGAAAGGCUAAUUAUAUGACUUUCCCAUUAAGCAAAAGGCCUUUCCUUUUCCAUUUUUUAUUGAAGGAAUAUUUGUCUUCCCUUCCCAAUCUUUUUGAGUUUUGACUACAGAGAAGGUAAUCUUUCUGAUAAAUAGAUGGGUGUAGCUGCUUUAAACACUUGACAUCCUUUGAUUGGAUGAAAAUGAGUUGUGGAAUGCAAGAUGCAUAUGUGAUUGCAA